AUGUGUCGGCGUCUGGUUUGCUUCCACUGCCAUCUAUGUCAUUUACUCCGGCAUUGCCCGCUUGAGAAGAAAGCCGGUUCUGCAUUCUGUGAUACGGCCUGCUUUCAUAAGCGGCUGCAUCUGGUCAGUGGGUUUCCUCUUCAUGAUCAAAGGCAUCCACCAGCUUGGCUUCGCAGUGGGAUACACCUUAGUUGCUGUUGGCCCGAUCAUCGUGGCAAGCUUGGCAUACUUGCUCAGGUUCAAAGAAAUAACCGGCAGGAGGCAACUUUUGCGCUCCCGCUGCAGUUUGCUUGUGGAAGCAGCCUUUCUGCGUCUGUUGCUUGUAUUCGUAAGCUUGUGUCAUGUCACUGUUCAGCUAGAGGCUGCGCGAAUUGUUCAGUGGUGACACAAGAGAGUGUCAGAGAGAGAGCAAGCGAGCGAGUGUGUGAGAGAGAAAUGAAAGGAGACUCCUCCGCUUGA